UUAUGUCAAAUCCAUACUAAUAAUCAAACACUCAGUAUCCUUAAUAAAAUUAACCAUAAUACCCCUAAUAAUAUCCAUAAUAGUACUCUUAGUAAUAUUCCUAACAAUAGUAACCAUAUCCUUAAUAAUAAUAACAAUAAUACCCACCAUAAUAAUAAUAUUAUCAACCCUAAUAGCCAAAUUACUCAUAUCAACAAGUUUAACCAACAAUCCAAAAAGAAACUUAUUAUCAAUAGACACAACCUCAAAAUAAUGUUAGCUCUCCUGUAGAUGAUUAAUGUAAUUAAUAAUUUUAAAUUUAGAAAAAAAUCCAUUGUAUGAAUAUGACCUUGGAGAAUCAUUUUUAGGAAAUGUUGGAUUUGAUUAGAGAAAGAAAUUUAUUGUUAAGGUUUAUAGUUUAUUAACAAUUCAAUUAUUAGUUACAUUUGUUAUGGUAGCUAUAGCAUGUUUCUCAUAAGGAUUUAGAGAUCUAUUAAUUAAUCCAUCUAGUUAUAAUGCAACACCAUUUUAUUGGAGUAUGUUUGCUGUAUCAUUUAUAACAGAAAUAGCUAUUUUUUGUUGUAAAAAAGUAGCAAGAAAAGUACACAAUAUAUAAUAUAAACAAAAAGGUUCCAAAUAAUUAUAUAGCUUUAACAAUAUUUACAAUUAGUUUUUCAUUUGUUGUAGCUGGUUCAUGUGCAGUUUGUGAGGAUGCUUUUUCAAAUGGUGGUACUUUGAUUUUGAUUGCUGCUCUUAUGACAUUUGCAGUAACUGCUUCAUUAACAGUGUAUGCAUGUAGAACAAAAACAGAUUUCACUAUGGCAGGUAUUAAAUAUUAAUUAUAUUAAUGAUUAGGUGGUGCAUUAUUCAUUAUGUCUGCUAUAAUGUUUAUCCUAUUUAUCUUUGCCAUUUUCUAUUUUAAUAUCAUUUUAUGGCUCUUAUUAUGUUCAUUAUCAGUGGUCCUUUAUGGUUUCUACUUAAUUUAUGAUACUCAAUUAAUUAUUGGGGGAAAGGUAACAUUAUUAUAAUUUAAUUUAGUCUCAUCAAUUAAGUAUUGAUGAUUACGUGAUUGCAACCAUGUUCAUUUAUAUUGAUAUCAUAAUAUUGUUCUUGAGAAUAUUACAAAUUCUAAUGAUAUUAUUUGGAAAGAAAUGAA